AACAAGUAGUUGUAGUAGUUUUUCACUCUGACAACAUGUGCUCAGGAGGAUGUUCCCGUUGCAUUGGCGUUACUCUGUACCCACUGGUGCUCAUAUCCAUCAUCUGCAACAUUUUGCUGUUCUUUCCUGGCUGGGACAUCAAGUAUGCCAAACAUGGAGAAAUUACUCAGGAGGUGCGAUACAUGGGGGGACUCGUUGGAGGAGGUUUAAUGGUGUUGAUACCAGCAAUUUACCUCAACUUGACUUCACAACAAGGGAGUGGAAAUCGCUGUGAGAUGUUCUUAUCUAUUCUAUUUGCUGCAAUGGGGGUGGCCGGUGGCCUGUACAGUUUCAUCGUGGCAGUGCUCGGUCUGGACAAUGGGCCCUUCUGCAAAUAUGGUGGGAGUUGGAAGACACCUUUUAAAGACAGUAACUCCACCUACCUGGCCGACUAUAGCUGCUGGGCAGACUGCACAGAGCCCAAGAACGUGGUGCAGUUCAACAUUGGAUUGUUCUUUACCCUGCUGGUGACAAGCUGUCUGCAGGUGUUGCUCUGCGCCAUCCAGAUGAUCAACGGCCUCUUUGGCUGCCUGUUUGGAGCCUGCAACAAAGAGGAACUCCAGGUCAGGAUGGUGAAGACUUGAUCAUAUCACAUCUGAUGAGUCGACUGGCGCCCCUGCUGGAGGACUGGGAGCAGUGUUCCUGGCUGCAUCUGCAUAAAACAUUCGCUUUGAAAUUGUUGCCGUCUCUGAUAACGGACUCAAUUAAAAUGUGCAUUUCGUGAUGCUUCGCGCUGUUGCAAUGUAUUGAGGUGUGUUGUGAACAGAGCACGGUAUUAGGAAUAAUUCAUGCUAAUUCCGUGGUCAAGUUUGAAUAAAUUGGCUUACAAUAUAAGCUGCU